AUGUUCAGCUCUGGGACAACCGGUACACCCAAAGGAACUGUACAUUUACAAGGCAGACUAAUACUCAACGGCGCCAAAGAACACAUAUUCCACAACAACUUCGGCUCUCAGGACAUCCACUUCCACUAUAGCGGUACAGGCUGGACACUUUGGAACAUCUCGCUCGGUGCCAUGUUCGCGCAAACUGCAAUGCUGCCAUACGACGGCUCUCCAUUCUACCCUUCUCCUUCAGAACUCCUGCAGGGAGUCUUCGCCUAA